AUGUCGACGGCGCGGGAAUCCAAUGAUGCCCAUCUAUAUGAUGCCGCGUGGGACAGCGUAUGCGCUGCCAAGCAACUGAAAACUUCCCUUCGCCAAUCUAUUGGUGAAGAUGAUAUUGGCCUUCCGAGGAGCUCAUCCAAGCGUAAACUGUCGACCGCGGAUGACGAUAAUGAGUCAUCUAUUUCCCACUCCGGGCUCUCGCUUGCGGACUCGUACUUUGAAGAUACGGAUUACACGCCGAUUCCCGACACGGAGACUCCGCCGAAACGACUUAGACCCAACGAUUGGCCGCUCCCAAACAAGAACUCGGUGCUGGCGGAAAAUCGGGCCGUCGGGAACAGUACCCGACCUGUACUGAGAUCAAAAAGAGGCCAAUACCUGCAUGAUACGCGCUGGCCGUCUGCCAUUUCUCCGGGACGUCGAUCACGAUUCCUAGAAGGUAGCAUGCGAGAUCGUGCUAGCGUAAAGCCACCUCCAGAAUUUACCGGUGAGAUCGAUGAGGUUUCAGCGUCUUGUUUGGCAGACGAGGAGACAAAUCACGAAUAUUCGCCGCACAAGUCGUUCUAUCAGAUGCGUGCAAGAACCUCGGCUCAUCUAAACUCUCCCCCUUUGCCCACAGAGAAUCUCAAUGCAAAGGAGCCCGGAAUAGUUCGCUUUGGAAAGAGAUUUGCUUCUGCUUUCGGCAUUCCUAGCGUAUUGCAGAAUGUUUCUGAAAUCUGGAAGGGAACAAACGAUGGAAAUAAACCCUCGUCUCGCGACAUCGCGAUGGACAGAAAAAUCCGAGCAGAGAGAGCGUAUGCAGAACUUAAAGCGUCUGGAUACCCUGGAACUAACAAAAUGGUUUACACACACACUUACGAGCGGGCAAGAACGACGAGUCCGGUCAAAUCUGAGAAUAAAGACAACAUCCCGGCCACGGACAAGGACCUUCCUCCACCCCCUGUGGACUUCGGAUGCCUUGCAGCUCCAACCAUUCGACCUUCAAGGUCGUGUAUGUCCAUUGCACCAAGCAGAAAGAAGGCCUCGGCCGAAUCCGACUCGCGAGGUCUGCCCAAACGACCUUCGGUAAAGGAUUUAUUGCGGAAAGAAAAGCUGAAGGAGCGGCUGACGCGUAGGGUGAGCAAGUUAGAAGAAGAAUGGGAUAAAGCUCAAAGAGAACUUCGUGCCCUGUCGUCGGAAAGUGAACCCAGCUUCCCUCCUGCCCCCGUUUCUUCGGCUCGAGCCAGAAGGGUCCUCCAGCCGACGAAGCUUCCCUCUUUGCCCUCCGAGCGGCUACUCAACAACCAGAAAAGCCCAAUGAAAGAAAAUAAUAAAGCCAAGCCCGUUAUCAUGGUAGAUGUGAGCAAAUCCAGCCGUCGCGUGGCUUCGGCGGGUUCGACUCCGCGUCAAAAUCUGCGAAGGAGCGUUGCAACGAUUGCUGGGAAAGAAGAAAACGGUAAAAAGCGGCACUCGUCCACUUCAAGCUUCUCCGAAUAUCGAUGCUCACAGGAAAUUGAAGAAGAUAAGGAAAACGUGACUAUCUUAACUGGGAGUAAAAAGCCAGAGGAAAGCGACAGUCCGCCCACGCGCCAUCAGCCGCCGAGAGAGGCAAAAACCCGUAAGAUGGGCCCCAAGCCGGGAUAUGUUCAUACCCAGAAUAUGUCCCAUGUUUGUCUUCCUGCCUCAAAACCCAGGGACCAUGGAUACUCUUCACGUCUCAGAUCAAAAACAUCUCAGGAUAAAGCAUUUACUGCGACACCGGGGGAAAAUGGUGUUCCUCCUGUGCCUCCACUACCAGGCAAGCUCGCUAAUAGCCCCAAAAGAGGUGAGUUUGAGUGGCCUGAGGAUUGUUUCUGAAGACAAAUAACUAUGAUGAUGAUACUAUUUCCUUUUUUGUUAUUUUCCUAUGUUCAUUUUCCUUUGUCUUUCAAUUUUGUUGUGUACCAUCUGCUUGGAGGAUUCAAAUGAACAGGAUUCGCUAUAGUCAAGUGCAAUGGCCUCUUUCUUUUUUUUUUAAUAGGCUGUGUCUUUCGGUCUGGGAACUCCCCAAAAUGAUUGCUAUGACUGACCUUAUGCGUUUGAUAAUGAGUGAUGACAUGAUUUAAACCAGAGCAGCAGUGUGUUGAGUGAAAUCUUGAAAAUCAAAUGUUCUAGUAUUCUGCAAUUCAAUCAUCUUUAUCUCUGUCUUGUUAACUUAGUACCUGCUUGGUUCAAUGGGGUAGAUACAGGAAGAAAGCAAGUGGAAAAUAUUAAAAGGCUGCAACUCAUGGUUUCUUCGGGCAAUACGCUGGAAUCUUGUCAAUAUGUCAGCCAUGAAGAGCAGUGAGAUGAAACUGAGGCCUAAAAAUGUUGCAUUUUUCCUUUUGUGAGACAUCAGAAGGUCCCAUGGGGGUGGGAAGUAACAUGGACGGAGCAAUCUGCGCAGGCACUCUUUUCUUUCCCCCUAACUGGAAAAAAAAAAA